GCCCGGGGAGCAGGAUGGGGGAUUUCGCAGCCCCCGCUGCUGCCGCGAAUGGCAGUAGUAUUUGCAUCAACAGUAGCCUGAACAGCAGCCUCGGCGGGGCCGGGAUCGGUGUGAAUAAUACUCCCAAUAGUACUCCCGCUGCUCCGAGUAGCAAUCACCCCGCUGCCGGCUGCGGCGGCGGCGGCUCCGGGGGCCCCGGCGGCGGCUCGGCGGCCGUCCCCAAGCACAGCACCGUGGUGGAGCGGCUCCGCCAGCGCAUCGAGGGCUGCCGGCGGCACCACGUCAACUGCGAGAACAGGUAUCAGCAGGCUCAGGUGGAGCAGCUGGAGCUGGAGCGCCGGGACACCGUGAGCCUCUACCAGCGGACUCUGGAGCAGAGGGCCAAGAAAUCGGGCGCCGGCACGGGCAAGCAGCAGCACCCGAGCAAACCCCAGCAAGAUGCGGAGGCUGCCUCGGCGGAGCAGAGGAACCACACGCUGAUCAUGCUCCAGGAGACUGUGAAAAGGAAGUUGGAAGGAGCUCGAUCACCACUUAAUGGAGACCAGCAGAAUGGUGCUUGCGAUGGGAGUUUUUCUCCAACGAGCAAGAGAAUACGAAAGGACAUUCCUACAGGAAUGGAAACCAUCAACAUGCCACUGCCUUCAGCUUCUCCUCUUCACCAACUUGACCUGAAGCCUUCUUUGCCCUUGCAGAAUAGUGGAACUCAUACUCCUGGGCUUCUAGAAGAUCUAAGUAAGAAUGGUAGGCUUCCGGAGAUCAAACUUCCGGUCAAUGGUUGCAGUGACCUGGAGGACAGCUUCACCAUCCUGCAGGGCAAGGACCUCAAACAAGAGCCUCUAGAUGACCCUACUUGCAUAGACACAUCAGAAACAUCUCUUUCAAAUCAGAACAAGCUAUUCUCAGACAUUAACCUGAAUGAUCAGGAGUGGCAAGAGUUAAUCGAUGAGUUGGCCAACACUGUUCCUGAAGAUGACAUACAGGACCUGUUCAACGAAGACUUUGAGGAGAAAAAGGAGGCCGAAUUCUCACAGCCGGCAACGGAGACCCCUCUCUCCCAGGAGAGCGCCAGCGUGAAGAGCGACCCCUCUCACUCUCCUUUUGCACACGUCUCCAUGGGCUCUCCGCAGGCGAGGCCCUCCUCUUCGGGCCCUCCCUUUUCUACUGUCUCCACGGCCACAAGUUUACCUUCUGUGGCCAGCACUCCCGCAGCUCCAAACCCUGCCAGCUCACCAGCAAACUGCGCUGUCCCGUCCCCUCAGACCCCGAACCAAGCCCACACUCCAGGCCAAGCCCCACCGCGGCCUGGGAACGGUUAUCUCCUUAAUCCCGUAGCAGUGCCCGUGGCCGGUCCCACAGCGGGCCCUGUGGCUGUGGCUAGCUCUGACCUGUCCCCUGCGGAGCAGCUCAAGCAGAUGGCAGUGCAGCAGCAACAGAGGGCCAAACUCAUGCAACAGAAGCAGCAGCAGCAGCAGCAGCAGCAGCAACAACACUCAAACCAGACUUCCAGUUGGUCUCCCUUAGGGCCCCCGUCCAGCCCCUACGGAGCAGCUUUCGCUGCAGAAAAACCAAAUAGCCCAAUGAUGUACCCCCAAGCCUUUAACAACCAAAACCCCAUAGUGCCUCCCAUGGCCAACAACCUGCAGAAGACGACAAUGAAUAACUACCUCCCGCAGAACCACAUGAAUAUGAUCAAUCAGCAGCCAAAUAACUUGGGUACCAACUCCUUAAGCAAACAGCACAAUAUUCUUACCUACGGCAACACUAAGCCUCUGACCCAUUUUAAUGCAGACUUGAGUCAGAGGAUGACCCCCCCGAUGGCCAACCCCAACAAAAACCCUUUGAUGCCCUACAUCCAGCAGCAGCCACCCCCACCGCCCCCGCCACAGCAGCCGCCACCCCCGCCCCCGCCGCCACCACAGCUCCAAGCUCCCCGGGCGCACCUGAGCGAGGAGCAGAAGCGCAUGCUUCUCAUGAAGCAGAAAGGAGUGAUGACUCAGCCCAUGGCUUACGCCGCGCUUGCUUCCCACGGUCAGGAACAGCACCCAGUUGGACUCCCCCGGACCACAGGCCCCAUGCAGUCCUCGGUGCCCCCAGGCUCGAGCGGCAUGGUGUCCGGAGCCAGUGCCGCGGGACCCGGCUUCCUCAGCAGCCAGCCCCAAGCAGCCAUCAUGAAGCAGAUGCUCAUGGAUCAGCGGGCCCAGCUGAUGGAGCAACAGAAGCAACAGUUCCUGCGGGAGCAAAGGCAGCAGCAGCAGCAGCAACAGCAGCAGCAGCAGAUUCUGGCUGAGCAGCAGCUGCAGCAAUCCCAUUUACCCCGCCAGCACCUCCAGCAGCAGCGGAAUCCAUACCCCGUGCAGCAGGUCAAUCAGUUCCAAGGUUCUCCCCAGGACAUCGCAGCUGUGAGAAGCCAAGCAGCCCUCCAGAGCAUUCGAACGUCGCGGUUGAUGGCACAGAACGCAGGCAUGAUGGGAAUGGGACCCUCCCAGAACCCAGGGACAAUGGCCACGGCAGCAGCCCAGUCAGAGAUGGGACUGGCCCCUUAUAGCAACACGCCUACCAGCCAACCAGGAAUGUACAAUAUGAGCACAGGAAUGACCCAAAUGUUGCAGCACCCAAACCAAAGUGGUAUGAGCAUCACACACAACCAAGCCCAGGGGCCAAGGCAGCCCACCUCGGGGCAAGGGGUUGGGAUGGUGAGCGGUUUCGGUCAGAGCAUGCUGGUGAACUCCGCCAUUACCCAGCAGCACCAGCAGAUGAAAGGGCCGGUGAGCCAAGCCCUGCCAAGGCCCCAGGGCCCGCCAAGGCUGCAGGGCAUUAUGGGAACAGUCCAGCAGGGAGCGCAGAGCUGGCCACAGAGGAGCUUACAAGGCAUGCCCGGGAGGACUAGUGGAGAACUGGGAUCAUUCAACAACGGCGCCAGCUACCCGCUUCAAGCUGGCCAGCCGAGGCUGACCAAGCAACACUUCCCACAGGGACUGAGCCAGGUCGUGGACGCUAACACUGGCGCCGUGCGAACCCUCAACCCAGCUGCCAUGGGCCGGCAGAUGAUGCCGCCACUCCCAGGACAACAAAGCAGCGGCCAGGCCAGGCCGAUGGUCAUGUCUGGCCUAAGCCAGGGCGUCCCCAGCCUGCCAGCGUUCAGCCAGCCCCCAGCCCAGCAGCAGAUGCCCGGCGGCAACUUCGCUCAGGGUGGCCAGAGCCAGGCCUACGAGCGGAACGCCCCUCAGGACAUGUCCUACAAUUACAGCGGCGAGGCAGCCGGGGCCUCCUUCCCCGGCCUCUCGGACAGUGCGGACCUCGUGGACUCCAUCAUCAAAGGCGGCCCAGGGGACGAGUGGAUGCAGGAGCUUGAUGAGUUGUUCGGGAACCCCUAGUCCAAAGGAAACCCGAGAAGCACGACUCCUAGUGUUAAAGCUUAAAACGUGUAAAAGAAACAGGAUGUUGAGCCAUCCCUGUUUUUUUGUUUUUUUGACCCACGCAAACUGAGCAAAACUGCAGCUGGCUGACAGUGAAAGAUCCAGGUGCCAAUCCACAGCCCCGCUGGGCCUCAUUUCACCUGAUUUUCACACAGCAACCGAGACACCAGGCCACGCCGAUCCUGGCUGUGAGAGAGGCAGACACCGCGGAGGCAGGCAGGGAAGACGGAUCCGAGGCCCCUCCGCUCGGCCCUCUGGUGCACGCCUGGCCCAGGGAUCUCUGCUCCAGCCUCACGGGACUGCUGCCCAGCGUGAGGGCUCCGCCAACCCCGCCUGGCCCCCGGGGCCGCAGACCGCAAAGCCUCAGGGGCCGAGGAGCGUCCCGCAGAGGCUGCUGCGUGGUUGCACAGGCCCAGAGCACAGGUCGGAAAUGCGCUGAACCCUGGCUGCAAAGAGAGGUCAGGCGUCGAGACAUGCUGCUGUGUUUGGCGGGUAGGCACGAAGAACGGGAGACAACAGAGGAUCCUACGAGCCUGUCUGCUGCCCUGUGAUGACCCUCAGGAAUUGUAGAGGCGUUGCUCUCAGCUGCCUCUCAAAGAGAGCCAAGCAAGCCUGGAGAAGGGUCCUCCGGCAGUCCUGGGGAUGGCAGCCCUCUGCCAGUGAUCAUGGCCAUGACGGUGGCGGCCGGCACUCCAGGUAGUCGGGCUGGAGCCUCCUGGGGGCCCGGUGUCCUGCCAAUUUGGCAAGGCAGUUCACAUCUACUUCCGGUGGCCACAGGGUAGGGGAGACCCCGACUGGAUGCUAUGUCUGCCCGUGUGGCCGCUUUUCCCCGCACCCCUGCCCUUGCUCCUUCCUGCCUCCACCCCAUCCUGCCCUUGCUUCUCCUUACAGACUAUAUGAGAAGAAAUGAAGCUUUUGUCUUUAGGGGACCUGGGCAGAAUCCUAAUAAAGGAAGAACUCAGACAACGCCUGAAAUGCAAAGGCAACACUGGAGUUUUCUUUUUCUAACGUGUAGUCGGCUGAAUAUUCUCUGCCCGAAACUGAGCAGCCCCUCUGACGUUGCAUGGCGGCUUACCGUGAGCCACACCCGAUGCUUCUGGUCUACCCUGGGAGACGUGGCCCAAACGGCACAGGCUCUGCUUCCCUUCAGAAAACUCCCAGGGGUGAUGCUCUGAAACUGGCCUUGACCUUAAUCCCUCCUCACCAGAAAGACGACUCUAAAAUGCUCAGAGAUGAGGAACUGAAGAGUCCGUUGCUCCACCUGACCCAUUUUGAUGAUAAAAAGAAGGAAAAUUCUGUUCCUUCCACGUGGGCAAGGUCAUCCACUUCCAAAGUCCUGUACAGUCGUUCUCGUUGUAAUUCACUCAGAUCUGCCCCAAGCGACAUCUGCGGCAAGGGAUGACAGCCUCUGCUACUUACCAUAAGGCUGUGUCUUUUGUCCUUGCUGCUGUUCCCACUGCCCCGUUUGGGAGGCCACGUGGUAUAUUGUCCGUAGGAAGAGCGGAGCGUGCUUUUCUCGCGCCACACUCUCCCUUGGUGUCCGAAAGCCUGGCUCCCUCCGUGUGACCACGCAUGGGUGCAGGCUGUGGGGAGCUGGCCUGGUUACACGCACAGGGCGGGUCCUGAGAUGGGGGAUUGGGGGGUUCGAGAGGAAAGCUGGGGGCAGAGGGCAGAGAGGUAAUAGGCAGGCAAACUCUGUCAUUGGCUUGCUCCCCAUGUCCCAAGGUGGUGGAUCUACUGAGCGAGGGGCAGGAUGGAGCCCAGAGGAGGCCAGUUGGGCAAGAGACCAGGCAGGGGCUGUGCUCCUCCUCGGAAGACCUGGUGGCAGGUGACCAUGAACUCCUUGCAUGGGGGAGGGACACCACCAUGGAAACUCUUGAGUAGAGACAGGUAAAAACCAAACGAAGAAAAUAAAAAAGUAAACAAGCAAGAAGACAGAAAAUAUAAUUACCUUUUUCUGAAAGGUACAGGAAACAUAUAUGAGCAAUGAUGAGAAACUGGAGGUGGCUGAGGGGAGAAGGGGCUCCAUUACCUUUUAAUAGCUUCCUCCAAAUGCUUAGUACUGGGACCAACUAACUAGAGAGGUAGAUUUUAAUAAGGUCGUUUUGUUUUUGUUUUUGUUUUUGUUUUUACUACGGUGCUGAUGUAUAUGUAAUGUCUAAAAAAGUUAUUUGUAAAUAAGUUUUUACAAUACUGCAGAUAUCACUGGGUCUACUAUCUGUAAAAAAUAUACAUAUAAAUAUAUAUAUACUGUUUGUUUAAAAUAGAGUAUUUUUAUUUCAUUCCUUAACUCAUCAUCACAGCAGUGGUAUAUUGCACUUCAGAUGACAUCUAAUGACUAAUUUGUACUGUAUGACCUAUGGCAACUUGCUCCAUUUUAUUCAGAUUUUUCUAGUUUUCUGUUUUUACUUUGUACAUUGAGCAUUGCUUAUUUCCUUUUAAGAAAUGUACAGAACUCUGAAAUGUAGAAAUGAAGUGAUGUUGACAUACCACUUUUAAAGAAAAGAAAACAAAUAAAAGAUCAUUAUCUGAAUCAA